AUGGAUGUUGAUCCCGAAGAAGAUGCAACUCUUGCGCCAAAACACAUACCCAUUGGAGAUGAUACUAUUGUUGAUGAAGGUGAAACAAUUGAUGUUGUGGAAAGUAGCCAUGAGUGGACUCAAUGGCGUGAGGACCUAGCAACCGAGAUGUGGGAAAUAUGGAGGGGAGAACGUGGCGACUUUUAUUUUGCUCAAAUGGCCUCCAUACCCCGCCAAUGGACUGAACAAGAAACUGAACAGUUUGUGGUGUUUAUGGAGGAAUUGGUUGUUAAAGGCAAAAGGGCAGAUGCCGGUCAAUUUAAGCCAGGGGCAUUUCAAAAACUGGCGGACAAGAUGAAUGAAAAGUUUCCUGGAUGUGGUCUCACUGUGAAGCACAUCAGAAACAAACACAAGCGGCUGAAAGAAAAAUAUAUGUUUGUGGCUGAGAUGUUGGGUUGUAGUGGUUUUGAGUGGAAUUCCGAAAAGAUGUGUGUUGAAGUGGACAGUAAACAAGUAUUGGAAGCUUGGGAAAAGGGUCGCAAUGUUAUACUCUACACUCCAGGCAAGCCAUUUCCGUUGUUCGAACGUCUUGGGAGCAUUUUUGGCAAGAAUAGAGCUACUGGUCUUGAUGCAUGCAGUGAAAAAGAUGCUGAAGAAGAUGUCACACCUGGCUCUACAUUUGCUGCGGCCACAUCUGGUGGCUUGGGUUUAGGCGGUAACGAUAUUGACAUGGAAGAUUUAGCAGCUGCCGAGAGCGAACUACCCAAUACCUUUUCAACCUUAUUUGCUUCAUCAAGUGAGAAAAAUCAAGGACGUCACACUACAAGUAAAAAAACCAAUGAUGCUGCGGUCCUAUCAAACUUAGCAGAAACUUUUAAAUCUGUAGUUGAGGAUCAAGGAAAGCAUGUGCAGGUACUAGCCAAUGCAAUGUCUGGUGUGAAUAAGCAAGUGAAUCUUGGCCGUACACUGAAGUGUCUUGGUUUCACUACAAUGGAGAUCGUGCAGAUUGCAAAAAAAUUUGUGCAGAAUCCAGAAUUGAAGGCAACCUUUUGGAGCUUAGACGAGGAAAAGGAAGCAUUCGCACGAGAUAUAAUGGACAACUUUUAACUAUUGUUGGUUUACUGGGUUAUCUUAAUUGUUAAUUUAUUCGGGUGUAUUGCUAAACUUAUUAAGAUAUUUUGCAAAACUUACUAGGGUCUUUUGGUAAACUUAAUAGAAAUCGCAGGGUUAUGUUCU